AUGCUGCGAUGUCCGGUUGGUAGGCGCAUGGCGAUUCCGAUGAACACUCCUCCGAAACUAAUUCGCAGUAUUCUGAAUAUGGAAGAAGUUAAUGAGAUUCGCGAGCUGCAAUCAACAUUCAUAGGUCAAGAUCGCAGCCCAUACUCCGAAAUCGGUUCAGCCGCACCUUUUGGCUCAGGAUUGAACUGGUGGGGCCUGCCUACUGCGGUGAAGCCAUGCAAUUUCCCUGUGAGAUACAGCAGGCAACGGUUUUUACAGCCACAUGGCAUACGUCAAACAUGUGACGCAUGA